UAUGGGACUGGUGAAGAAGGUAUUUGGCCACAGGGGAUCGCCGUCUGUCUACUGGGCAGAUGUGACAGAGCCAUGGCUUUGAGGUGGUAGCACCUUCCCACUCCAGUCUGAAUUAGCCACUGUCUGGGCACUUCUCAUCACCUAACCCACUGAAUCCACUGGGGAGGAAGGAGGAAGCACUGAGUACCUGGACCAGAGCUGGGUCAGAGCAUCUCUGCCAAGUUCCCAGGGAGCAUUCUCUGGCCUGGCAGUGCCAAGGAGACCUCUCAGGGUUUGGCAUUCUCACACCCACCUCUUCCAGGCAGCGGCUCUAACUACACCAGACAGGUACACCAUCCCAGACAGCUAUGCCUCUUCUGUCCAGCAUCAUGGGCCUUGCAGGCCUUCUCCUCUGGACAGGCCACACAGUGGGGGCCUUAAAGAUGCCCAACACCACACUGGUCCAGGGCCAACCCAAGAACAUAGCCGUGUGGCCCCUGUCUGGCCUGGGGGUGCCCCGGCACCGCCGGAAGCGCCAUAUCUCUGCUCGGGACAUGAGUGCCUUGCUGGAUUAUCACAACCACAUCCGGGCCAGCGUACACCCACCUGCUGCCAACAUGGAGUAUAUGGUUUGGGAUGAGCAGCUGGCCAGGUCUGCUGAAGCCUGGGCCACCCAGUGCAUCUGGGCCCAUGGACCCUCCCAGCUGAUGAAGUACGUGGGCCAGAACCUGUCUAUCCAUUCCGGCCGGUACCGUUCUGUGGUAGAUCUUGUGAAGUCUUGGUCUGAGGAAAAGCGGCAUUACUCAUUCCCGGCUCCAAAGGAUUGUACCCCGCACUGUCCUUGGCUCUGCAGUGGUCCUGUCUGCUCCCACUACACCCAGAUGGUGUGGGCAUCCUCCAGUCGGCUGGGCUGCGCUGUUCACACCUGCAGCAGCAUCAAUGUGUGGGGCAGCACCUGGCAACAGGCCGUGUACCUGGUCUGCAACUACGCCAUCAAGGGCAACUGGAUCGGGGAGGCGCCCUACAAGACCGGGAAGCCAUGUUCUGCCUGUCCCCCCAGUUACCAAGGCAACUGCAGCAGCAACAUGUGCUUUUCUGGGCUCAAAUCCAACAGGCUCCCGUGGGUCUGAGCUGUCCCAGUGCUACGGCGUCCCGGGCUGGGCCUGACCCUGGAAAGACUCCUCCCCAAAGCCAAAAGGGAGAACAGGAGUUGGGGAGGCCCUACAGUUCUUAUAAAUUCCUUUUCUUAAAUGUUCAGUAUAUAUCAAAGGAGCUUUCUCUCCCUUCCUUAGAAACAUCUUUUUUUCUCUCUGAUAUCUGAGGAGACAUGCAUUUCUCUUAGUUUUCUUCUUUCUUUCUUUCUUUCUUUCUUUUUUUCUUUCUGGUUUUGGUUUUCAAGACAGGGUUUCUCUGUAUAGACCAGGCAGGCCUUGAACUCAGAGUUCUGCCUGCCUCUGCCUCCAGAGUGUUGGGAUUAAAGGCUU